GCAGUCAUUUGAAUUACUUACUAUACAUAAUCGCUGCUUAAGCUGAGCUUCUCACUUCAGUUGGGUUUUGGAAGUGCUGGUGACCACAUUUGUUGAGUGUUCGGAACAAAUUAGUUUCAAGUUUUUUAUUCAAAUCAAUUUCACUGUUCCAAGUGGUGACAAUUUAAUUUCCGAGUACAAAUAUUCUUAGAACUGUUACAAAAAUGGCAGCAACCGCUCCCUUUCGCUUUUUAAUUUUGUUAAUUAUUGUGUUUGACAAUUGGUGUCUUGGAACUUUGGCUCAACAAGAAAAUUGCCCAUGUCAGAACGAAAACUAUUCAGGUGUAUGCACCAGAAUCCCAAAUUGUCCAACAAUAUUUAACAGACAUUUGAUGGUUUGUAGUUACUGGUAUAAUGAACCGAUUAUUUGCUGUCCAAUUUUAAGCUCGGCGAGGACACCCCAAAAAGCCUAUCCGCAACGGUGGACAAAUGUGUGGACAAAUCCCCAAUUAACCUUUGCGCAACCGUCAGGUGAAUUACAACAAUGGCCAUCGAAUAGUCGCACAGCAGAUCGUGCAUGUCAAGAAAUCGAAAAAAAUUCCAAUCCCUUUAUCGAAACACACAUAUAUAGAGGAACUGUAACCAGUUAUGGAGAGUACCCUCAUAUGGCCAGAAUUAUGUAUGAUUCAAAUAAGUUAAAAUGUGGUGGCAGCUUAAUAGACAAGCGCUUUGUGCUCACUGCUGCGCAUUGUGUAGACGACAAUGAGGACAAGGCAAUAAAAGUUGUUUUGGGCGUAACUGACUUUAAUGAUCCAAAACAGAGAAACACUCGACAGAAUAGAGAUAUCAAAAAAAUCCAUUUACAUCCAAACUAUGAUGAUUCUCGUUUAUACAAUGAUAUUGCGCUAAUUGAAUUGGACAGAGAUGCCGUAUUUAACCAAAACGUGUAUCCGACUUGUUUACACACGGAUCAAACUGAACUAAGUAGUGGUACUGAUCUAGUUGUGACUGGUUGGGGGCAAACUGAAUAUAAAAGGUAUUCGGCACGUUUGUUAAAGGCUAAUUUGCUCUACAUGCCUAUGCAAUUAUGUAGAAACAUAUACGCUAACAUUUAUGACAAUCGUCUAAAUCGUGGUAUCGUUGAUACACAGCUAUGUGCGUAUUCACCGGAUAGAGAUGCAUGCGCCGGUGACUCUGGCGGUCCGUUACAUAUUGUUCACGAUCAAAGCGCUAAUAAUUAUAGAGUGAUGGGUAUAGUUUCAUUCGGUCCUAAAUGUGGUUUCCCGCUACCGGGUGUGUAUACGAGAGUUUCAAAAUAUUUAGAUUUUAUCGAAGGCAUUGUUUGGCCAGAUGGGUUGUCAAACGAGUUAACAGCCUUUUCAUAUAGGUUAUGAUUAUAAUUGAGUAACCAGUUUUUUUGUAUGGUAAAACGAUGUAAAUCAGCGUUUUAACCGAUCAUUGGCUCUUUAAUUAAUCAAUUAACUUCCGAUCUAUGUAUUUCAAUAUAUAUAAGAUAUGGUGUUAAAUCGUCUAAUAUUUAUACGUAAUAAAAUAAAAUGUAUUCUUAUUUUGCCAUCAGAAAUAA